GUCGGAUCCGAGAAAGCCGGCGAUUGUUUGUUCUGUUGAGACCUUAGGAUUAUACGGCGAACCGGUGGAAACGAUGGAGGAAGCUGCUCAGGCCCCCGACAAGGUGGAAGCAUUCGACCUGGACCAGGAACCGGACUUUAGCGGUGUGAUCGACCGUCGCAGCCCAUCGCUGGAGAAGGACGCCAAAACCUACCACGUGAAGAUCCUUCUCACGGAAACCGACGACAUCAUCCUGUACGAAGCUGCCAGUCACACCGUGGCGAAGGAUUCCGACGAAGCGCCCCUGGUCGAGCAGCAGAACAUCUACUACGACACGAAGAAGAAGAACCGCCGCACGGCGAUGGCCGCAGCGGAAGCACAAACGCCCGAAAUGCUGCUCAAGUCGCGUGCCGUCAAUACGGAGCGGAUCAGGAAGCAGGAAGUGGCGUCGUUCGUGUCGAACUAUGACAUGUACGAUACGUACAACGAUCUGGAACGUCACACGAAGGAGAUUGACCUGGCGGAAGCGGCGUCCAAGAUCGAGAUUACGACGUACUCGCGCGAGGGAAUGGAGAAUAUUAUCGAUAUGUUGAACAAGAGCGAGAACUUCCACCUUUCGUCGAUGAUUUUGCAGCGCUUGUUGGCCGGAAAUGUGUACCGGGAGAAGCAGAAACGAUUCCGGAACAUGUAUAUGCCGGACCCGUUGGAUAAGAAUGCAAAGUACUUGUACAGGUUGGAGACACUGUGGACGUACAAGUCGCUGGAGACGACGGGAAAAGCGGUGGCCAGUGCGAGUUGGUGUCCGGCAAAUGGAGACAUCGUAGCCAUCGCAUAUGGGAUCUAUGGGUUUACGAAUUUCGAUCUUCGGAGCAAAGGGUAUGUGUGCGUUUGGAGUAUCAAGAAUCCGGUGAACCCGGAGAGGCAAUACCAUUUUUCCGUUCCGGUGACGUCGGUUGCGUUCUCCAAAAAAACUCCGCAGUUGUUGGCCAUCGGGCUGUACGAUGGAUCGGUGCAGAUUUGGGACAUUAUGGAUAACUCGAAGGUACCGGUGGGUGUUUCGGAGCGAAAAUCGUCUCCCGGGUUUGAGCCGAUUUGGGAUAUCGGUUGGAUCGAGUCGGAUGAUGAUUUGGAUCAAAUUCUGACAGCUUCCCAGGAUGGAACGAUCAUGAAGUAUACUUUGAACAUCGGCCACUAUCUGAUCGGGUUUACGCAGCUGAAACUGGAUCGAGUUGAGUGCGAAACGGAGGGCAUUCAGGUGGAGAAGAAACAGGAUAGUAUGGAGGCGGAUCGUCACCCGCAGGCGUUGAGCUUGACAAUACAUCCUGUUCGGAAGGACAUCUACUUUAUCGGAACGGAUGAGGGUUGCGUUCACAGAUGUUCGGUAAACUACUCGUAUCAACAUUGCGGUGUGACCCGUAUGCACAGUGGUGGAGUUUUCUCAAUCGAGUAUUCUCCGUGGAGUCCGAAGAUCUUCCUGACCUGCGGUGGUGAUUGGUGCAUUCGGAUUUGGAUCGAAGAUAUCAAGGAACCGAUCAUAACCUUAUCGUCGGGGUUUGGGCCUAUCCAGACAGCCCAUUGGUCCCCGGUUAACUCGACGAUCAUCGUUAGUGUGACACAGGACUCGGUGCAGCUGUGGGAUCUGAAGAAACGGAUGCAGAAGCCAGCUUCCUAUACGACGUUUGGUGAUGCGGCCCUGACGAUCGCCAAGUUUACAAAUUGCGGACGAAGCCUUCUGGUCGGCGAUAGCGACGGACGGGCGUACAUUUGUGCCCUGGAGGAUAUGCCCUUUCCGCCACACUUCCAGUACGAUGAGCUGAAAAAGGCUCUGUACAGAAGUUUGAUUUGCAAGCCCGCUCUGUUGAAACUGGUCCGGCGGUGCGGAUAUUUGGGUUAUUGAAAGUAGCGUGAUGGUUUGAUUGAUUGCGGUUUAAUGUGC